UAUAAAUAUGUCCAACAGCUGCUUUUAUUAGCACUUUAAGACGUUGGAAGUCGUUCAGAUAGACCUUCACAGAGCCAGAACUAGGAGGUUUAUCAACUCUACCGAAGUGCCAUCGAACAAGAAGCUAGCAUAGAACCUCCAGGGGGCGCUGUUGUGUUAUUUGACCCCCAAAUUAGCUUAAACUCAAUGUAAAUUAGCCUAAUUUGGAAUUUUCUGAGUGUGCAUUCACUAAAUUUGACAGGAAUUCAUGUUAUCGUAGAGGUUAAAUAAUUACAGCAUCUUCUGAAAGACAUGAAAAAAGUAGAGGGAUGCAGAGGGAGAACCAUUGCUAACCACCUUGAAAUCAGUAAAAUAUAUGUCCCAAGAAAACCCAAAAUGGUCCACUAAGAAUAGCAAAGGAAGAAUUCUUAUGAUUAUUUCCAAAUGCACAUGCUAUAAAUGUCAAAUAUCGAUGUAUACCCUGAAUCCGACCUGAAAUGUACACCAGACAACAUACAUCUGUAAUGGUUAAAUUGUGAAGAUUUUAAUUGCUAUCAAGUAAUAGACCAAAUAUUAGGCAUAUUUUAUUACUAUUAACUAAUCACAUGCAUGUUUUCAUUGGUAAAUAACAACUGUCAGUGAUGUUCAUGAUGUUAACAGUGUGUAAAUAUUCUGAACUAAAGAGAUGAUCAUAUUUGCACACAGCAGCAGCAGAGAUGCAAAUUAAUUGCAAUCUAUUUAUGGUGUGAAUCAGACUGGCCUCCCCCAUUAGUGACCUGAGGACUUUACUUUCAACCUUUCCUCCUCCUACUUUAAAGUUACUGCAGCGUAGGUUCAGACCUCCCCAAUUACAGCCUGUAAUAUUGAAAAUAUGUCUGUUACCUGUUUUUCCUUUCAUGCCUUGUGACCGUUGUGUUUGAUAAACAGGGAGAGGCUUCUGGUUCAAAGGCUUCCGUCUCCACACGACACACCUGGUUGUAAUUUGAGAUCAUUAGGAUGAUCUGUGACUGAAGGCCUGAGCAGAGUUUAGCUGCUGCUUGCUGAUCAAAGAUAAAACUGAAGCAUUUGUCCCACUCAUUAUCCUCAAUGUUGUUUGCUAUAAGAAUAAAAUAAAUGUGAAGAAUUCUCAAAAAGCAGUCCAGCCUCCUCUCAUGGUUUCUUUUGCUGUUUAAGUCUUCAUCAGCUGACACCAAUUAAGGCUGAUUAAGCAGCACACCUGUCUCCACUUAUGUGUCUCCGGAGCCUAUAAAUGUGCUUCUUAAGCAGCUGGUCAGAUCUGUUUGAUGAAAGAAUCUACAAGUGGGAUAUUUGUAGCCCUGCAGUUUCUUCGUUUGGUCAGUAAAUCCACCUUCAGCCAUGGGGAGAGAGAAGACUCACGUCAACGUGGUGAUCAUCGGCCACGUCGACAGCGGCAAGUCCACUACCACCGGACACCUGGUCUACAAAUGUGGAGGCAUCGAUCAGAGGAGGCUGGAGAAGUUUGAGAAAGCUGCAGCUCAAGUGAGGAUGAAAUGGAGCUCUGUAAGGAAUGAGAAAAGAAAAUCUAAAUGUUUUAUUCUAAUGGAAUUUGCUUCACAGAUGGGGAAGACUUCCUUCAAAUUUGCCUGGGUGCUGGACAAGCUGAAAGCCGAACGUGAGCGAGGAAUAACUAUUGAUAUUUCGCUGCUGAAAUUCAGCACCCAGAAAUACAGCAUGACUAUAAUUGAUGCUCCGGGCCACCGUGACUUCAUUAAGAACAUGAUAACCGGGACAUCACAGGCUGAUGUUGCCCUGCUGGUCGUCUCUGCAGCUAAAGGAGAGUUCGAGGCCGGCGUUUCUAGAAGCGGUCAGACCAGAGAGCACGCCCUGCUGGCGUACACUCUGGGCGUGAAGCAAAUCAUAGUCUGUGUGAACAAGAUGGACCUGACCGAGUCGCCUUACAGCCAGAAACGCUUUGAGGAAGUGGUGCGAGGAGUGAGCGGGUUCCUCAGGAAGAUCGGCUACGACACCACAGCUGUACCCUUUGUUCCCAUUUCUGGCUGGACUGGGGAGAACAUGAUCACUGCAACCCAAAAGAUGCCGUGGUUCCAAGGAUGGAAAGUGAGACGAAGGGAAGGGACUGCAUGUGGGAGAACUCUACUGGAAGUCCUGGACUCCAUUCACCCGCCAAUACGUACAAUCAACAAGCCUCUAAGGUUGCCUCUGCAGGAUGUAUACAAAAUUGGAGGAGUUGGUACCGUUCCAGUGGGUAAAAUUGAAAGCGGCGUCCUCAAACCUGGCAUGACCCUGAUGUUCUCCCCCGCCAAGCUCACAGCAGAGGUCAAGUCCAUCGAGAUGCACCACCAGGGCCUGCAGACGGCUCUUCCAGGCCACAACGUCGGCUUCAACAUCAAGAACGUGGCUGUGAAGAACCUGCGGCGUGGAGAUGUGGCCGGCAACGCCCAGCAGGAUCCUCCCUCAGACGUCAGCAGCUUUGAGGCUCAGGUGAUCAUCCUCAACCAUCCAGGGAAGAUCAAAUCGGGCUACUCCCCGGUCCUGGACUGCCACACCGCCCACGUCACCUGUAGGUUUGCUGAGCUGAAGGAGAAGCUGGACCGUCGGACGGGUAAGAAGCUGGAGGACAAUCCUCAGAUCCUGAUGUCUGGAGAUGCUGCUACAGUCAAACUGGUUCCCAUCAAGCCCUUGUGUGUGGAGAGCUUCUUCACAUACCCUCCUUUAGGUCGCUUUGCAGCCAGAGACCUGAAGCAGACGGUCGCUGUGGGGGUCAUCAAGACGGUGGUUAAAGACCAAACAUCAAAACCUAAAGCCCAAGUGUAUAAAUAAGUUUUUCUUCUACCGGUGUUCUGGUAAUUCUGCCUCAGGUGAACAGUUUUAUUUGGUAAGAUGCAGUUUUUGUGUUGUGACACAAAGUAUUUAUGUUUUCAAAGUUUAUAGUAUUCCUGUGUUAAUAUGAAACCCAGAAGAAGCUGGAGAUUUGGAUGGUGAUUUUUGGUUAAAGUGCAGAAUAAAGUGAUGUGGAGAAUAAAUUUCUGUCUUUAAUGGAGUUAAAAAGGCUGAAAUGCUUUGACUAAGUUGCACCACUGCAAGUUAUGUUAAAGGUUUUGAAACUAGUCUUCAGUCUAACUCAAAUGGUUUGACAUGAAUCUGUUUGCUUUGUGGAAGAGUUAAAUGAGGCAGAAACUGCAAUAAAAGGAACUGAAGGGUUUAUUUUAGGGCAACUGGAUAUAUUUGUGAGCAAAUGAUCUUGUCAAGCACAAAAUGAGCUAAGUUGCACUUUCCACAUAACUUAUUUAAAAAAAACUUCUGUUAUUGCUUAAAUAAAGUAACACUCGAUGAAAAUGAAGUGUUUUGCCUGUUUCAAGAUUGAAAUGCUAAUUUUAAGAGUCAUUUCUGGUGGUCUGAAGUAAUCAAAUUCCUCUUGAACUGUACAUCUAAUGUCCAUAACACAUUUAACCCCAUGUUUAUUUGAAUUACAGUUGGUAUGGUAGGCUUUACUGGUACUCUGACAAAUCAAAACCCUUUCUUUAGCUGCAUUGUUUAGGCUAGUUUUGAGAAUUUCAUUUUUCUUCAUUGAUGGAUUAAUAUUUUUGUGUGUAGAUGAAUAGAAAUGGAAACUGUCAAGAUUGUGCAGCCCUUUACCUUCUAUGUACUGUGUGUAGUUUAGAAUUUUAGAAGUGGCAUGUUUGCAUGAAAAAUGUACAUGCUAUAAGGUUAAUUUAUUCCUGAGGCUGAUUAUUAUGACUAAGGCUAAAUAAGUUUCCAGAAAACUCCUCAAGCCUCUUUUACUCAUAUUUUUGCUUGAAAUUAAUACAUUUCAGUGAUCAAUGGAAUCUUUUCAUUUCCUUAUUUAACAAAGUCUGUAUCAGUGUUUUCAGAUUUGAAGGUGUUCCUAAACUGAGCAUAAAUCUGACAAACUAUCUGUAGUUUGAUCCAUAGCCCAUGCAUCAUGUUUUCAGUUUAUCAUUCUGCAUAUCUACAUGUAGAAUGUCUCAGAACUGUGGCCAUAAAAUAAAUGUGCAUUGGUUUAAAUCAAAGCCUUUUUUCUAGUAUUUAGGGAUAGAAAAUUGUCUGUUUGCUUAUAAGCUAUUUAUGUAC